AUGGCUAUAUCCUCUGCCACCCGUAUCCUGGCCGCCCGGCCUCUCGUCCUUGGUUUAGCAAAGCUCUGCUUCUUGGCUGUUGCCAACCUGCCCGUCAUCUCCGCCGCCCCAACUUUUAUCAUCAACUCCGAUGUCGACCCGAAACCCCCCAGUGACCCCAGUCUAUGGCUGUACCUAGGUGUCGCCGCCGCCCUCGUUCUCAGCGGCGGUGCCUUCGCUGGUUUGACCAUUGCCUUGAUGGGACAGGAUGAAGUCUACCUACAAGUCAUUCAGACCUCCGGUGAAGGCUCCGAACGCAAAAAUGCCGCAAGUGUCCUGAAGCUGUUGCAGCGAGGAAAGCACUGGGUCCUCGUCACGCUGCUGCUCAGCAAUGUGAUCACCAACGAGACGCUUCCAAUCGUGCUCGACCGCUCACUUGGCGGUGGCUGGCCUGCGGUGCUCGGCAGUACCGUCUUGAUUGUCAUUUUCGGUGAAAUCGUCCCCCAGUCGAUAUGUGUCCGUUACGGUCUCCCCAUUGGUGCCUGGAUGGCUCCAUGUGUCCUAGCGCUCAUGUACCUCAUGUCUCCCGUCGCCUACCCGGUCGCGAAGCUGCUCGAUAAGCUGUUGGGUGAGGAUCACGGCACCAUCUACAAGAAGGCCGGUCUCAAGACCCUGGUGACGCUGCACAAAACUUUGGGUGAAGCCGGUGAACAGCUCAACUCCGAUGAAGUCACCAUCAUCAGCGCUGUCCUUGACCUCAAGGACAAGGCGGUGGGCAGCAUCAUGACCCCAAUGGAAGACGUCUUCACCAUGUCCGCCGACACCAUCCUAGACGAAAACACGAUGGACCUGAUUCUGUCGCAGGGAUACUCCCGUAUUCCCAUUCACGCUCCGGACAACCCGAUGAACUUCGUCGGCAUGCUGUUGGUCAAAAUGUUGAUCACCUAUGACCCCGAAGAUUGCAAGCGCGUGCGGGACUUUGCUCUGGCCACGCUACCCGAGACCCGCCCGGAGACAAGCUGUCUGGAUAUCGUCAACUUCUUCCAAGAGGGCAAAUCCCACAUGGUAUUGGUGUCGGAGUAUCCGAGUGAGGAUCGCGGCGCUUUGGGUGUGGUCACCCUGGAAGAUGUGAUUGAGGAGCUCAUCGGAGAGGAAAUCAUCGACGAGUCCGAUGUCUUCGUGGAUGUGCACAAGGCCAUCCGCCGCAUGGCUCCUGCUCCCAAGUCCCGCGUUCCCAAGGGCCGGAUUGUCGAAGAUCCGCCCAUGCUUCCGGCUGAGACCACUCUAGUCGAGGUGGACAACGAGUCCCCUGCUCCGCCCAAUGGGGCCCCGAAGGACCAUCGCCGGCUUUCCGUAGAGGCACCCUUGCCCCGGUUCCAGCUCCGCCGGCCCACCUCAGAUAAGAACUCAGACUCGACAGACGGCUUGUUCACGCAUCGCGGGGCCACGGAUGAGAUCAGACAGCAUUUGAAGCACCUGGGUCCAUCAAACUUGGCCAGCCGACCGCGCCAAACUCGAUACCAAAAUGUGAAGAUCAAACGGAGUGCCUCGCCAUCCCGAUCCGGACAGACCGAUCUUGAAUCCAGCCAGAGUAUGUCCGAUGUACAACCUAGACAUAAUUCCAUCGGCCUGCAGGGCGGUAUCGGCGCCGGACUUGUACAGAGCGGUAUGGACGCCCGUGAUGGGGUGUAUGCGGUCCGUGCGGGAUAUGGCACGAUGAGCCAUUCCAAUCCGCCGGCUGAUGCCGGUACUCAGACGAAGGAUGGUCUCCCGAUAUCGAUACCCGAACCGGUCCAUGAAGAACAGGAUGAUCACCCUCGGUCAGCGGGCAGUCGAACCGGCAGUGCCCGGUCCAUCGACUCGCAAUCCGAGCAUCUCAAGCCGGGCAGUUACCUUCACCGAGGACCGGCUCGCAGUGGUAGCAUCACAGAGCAGGUGGUCGAUGUCAACGGCAUCCGCAAGGUUGUGCUCCACACCACAAGCACCAGCUCAUCUGAAUCUGAACGACCGAGAACGAGCGAAAAUCCGGAGUUCCCUGUCCGCCAGGAAGGCGAGAUCGUCGACCUGGGGAAUAAUCAGUCCGCCGGAAAUAAGAGACGCCGUCGUCGCAGAAAGCGCGGACAAGGUUCGAAGAACGGGGAGUCGGGCGAAAAUACCCCUCUACUGUCGCAAUAA